AUGGAUCCAGAUAAGUGUGUGCAUUAUUUCUUUAGUAAUAACCAUGGUGUGAUGGCUAUGAUGCAAUGUAUUGGGAAUAGAAAUAUGUCUGUUUAUGUGAAGGCUGAACUAGUUGUGGAGUAUGCUUUUGAGAAUGAGGAUGCAGGGUAUGCAAGAGUUAGAGGUUAUAGUAUUGGAGAAAGUGAAAUUGAUGAUGGCUUUGAAGAUGAUGACUUCUCUUCUAAGGAUGAGGAGCAUUUGGAAGCAAAAAGGCAUUUAAGGUGGGUAAAGUUGCAUGAUAUAAUUAAGAGUAGAUAUGAUGAAGCAACAAGUGCACCACCUUGGAAGAAUUCAGAUACAGUCAAGAGAAUAAAUGCUCAGGAGAAGAAAAGUGGGUAUAACACUGAGUAUAUUUCUUCAGAUGAUAAUAUUGUUCACUCAUUUCAAGUGAAGAGGAGAGGAAUUAAGAGGUUGUACGCUGCCAAGCUUCAUGAUGAGGAAACCUUUGUCAUUAAGACCUUAAGAGGUUCUCUUAACUAUGUUAGAGAACCUAUUAAUAUGCAAGUAACAUCUGAGUGGUUAAGCAAUGAGUAUUUGUUGGUGUUUAAAAGGAAUCCUAAUUACAAUACUAUAGAGAUGAAGGAUGAUGUGAAGUUAAAGUUUGAUGUUGAUGUGACCCUAAUAACCUGUUAUAGAGCUAAGUGGAAAGUUCUUAACAAGCUUAGGGGGACUUUUCAGAAGCAUUAUGCUAAACUGAGGUCUUAUGUUACUAAGUUACAAAGAAUUGAUAAAGAUGUGAGAUUUGAAUUGAAGUCUAAACUAGACAAUAAGGAAAGAGCAAUGUUAGUUAUUGUUGCUAAGGAUGCUAAUAACAAGAUGUAUUAUAUAGCAUGGGCAGUAAUAGAGAGGGAAAAGCAGACUUAG